UAAUAUUAAAGCCAUCCGCAAGAAGAUGAUUGAAAUCAUCAACCGUGAUAUAGGACACAGUGAUUUGAAAGAAGUAGUAAACAAAUUGCUACCCGAUUCAAUCGCCAAAGAUAUUGAAAAGAUGUGCCAGGGUACCUAUCCUUUACAUGAUGUAUUUAUACGUAAGGUAAAGGUGUUGAAAAAGCCCAGAUUUGAUCUUUCCAAAUUGUUAGACCUCCAUGGAGACAGUGGUAAAGGAGGUUCUGAACCAGGUGUUGCAGGCGAAAGAGUAGAUAAACCUGAAGGUUAUGAACCUCCAGUUCAAGAAACUGUGUAAUUUGAA